AUGGCGCCGGAAUUUCUGGAGCAGGCUACUAAAGUAGUAUUAUGGCAUGAAAGAAGACCUGAACGUAGCAAGUUCCAUGCCGAGGAUACCGCUAGGACCAUUCAAGGAAGUCAAUCGCACUUCCCCUAUGGAUUUGGAUAUCAUAGUAGGAAGACAACGCUUGGACAGAGGCAAUACGAGAAACUUUACUUCAAUCUGAUCUACUACAACUUUGAAGGCCGUAGCAUGUUUAACGCGACUGUCCUUUGCUCAGACGGCCAUUGGAUAACUGUUGAUGCGGUGUCGAUCAUGCGGAACCAUCGGUCAAGAGAUGACUUCCGGUCAUGGCCUGGGUCUGCUGGCUACUACCGACGCUUCACACCAGGUAUGGUUGGUGUCUGCAAGCCUCAGACAAAUCUACCGAAGAGGGGAGUGGGAUCUCAGUGGGGUGCGGAACAAGAAGUUGCCUUUUACUGCGAUCAAGCAGCGGCUCAAUUUUCCACCGUUAUUGGCAUACCCGGACGAGAACCAAGUACAGAUUUUGUCGACGGACGCUUCAUGCCAAGUACUAGGUGCAAUUUUCUCACAGUCCUCCGACGGCUCCAACCAGGAGAGGCGAGACUGUGA